AUGGCAAAUAAUAACGUUAACUCGGACUACUUUCCAUUCGACACGAGACUGCUAAACGAAAGUAUUUACGAAGUGUUUCGUAUAACAAAGAAUGUGACGGCUGAACUGGUCAAACUGCAAGACGUGAUAGCUGGUCAAAUCAUUGAUAUGCAUACGAUAUGGUAUUUCUUCAUCUCAGUAAUUCUUGUUUAUCUGUUAACAUCGUUUCCUCGAGUACUCGGAGCUCGCAUCAAAGUGUACUGCAUCCUCGUCGCCAACGCUGCAAUUGAACUUGCGAUAACGUUAAAUUUAGAAUUCCCGUCAGACGUGUACGUACUACAGCGGAGUAUAUGGUUGACCAGACAGUGUUGCUGGACAAUGGCCGUCUUCUGUUUAGCCUGGGAUGCCAUUAACUACGAUGACAAUGGCGAUAGCCAGCACAAAGACGCAGGUCACUGUGUCAUGGAGGAUGCGUCAAUCUGCAAAUCUAUACCGGGUGUAUUCAUCCCAGAAGAGAAGAUUUCAAACGUUAUGAAGGUUUCGGAUAAACAGCGUAGUCAAGGAACAACGAUGACACAUGACAGAAGUCAAGGGGACAAGAAUGAAUUGAUGGAUGUGUUAAUAAAUACGGUGAAAGAGUUGCGUAAAGAAAACACUCAUUUAAAGGAAAAAAUGCGAUUAUUGGAAAAAAGGAACAGUAGGCAUGUCCCGACGUCACAACCGGCGAGUGGACCCCAAGAUCUUAAAGCGGAAGGGUCAUCACCUGCGCACGCGCGGGAUUUCAGUCCCAAGCGAUGAUAACAACACACGCUAAAAACGCAAAGGCUUAUGCGUAGACGCAAGUUUGUAAACAAUGACACCC